AUGGAGCUCGCCAACGGCACGACGGAGGCGGCCGGCAACGCCAGCCAGCCGGCGCCGGCCAGCCUGGGCUACCAGCUGGGCACGUCGGUGGUGCUGGGGGCGCUGAUCCUCUUCGCCGUGCUGGGCAACGCGUGCGUGAUCGCGGCCAUCGCCCUGGAGCGCUCCCUGCAGACGGUGGCCAACUACCUGAUCGGCUCGCUGGCCGUCACCGACCUGAUGGUGUCGGUGCUGGUGCUGCCCAUGGCCGCCCUCUACCAGGUGCUGGGCAAGUGGACGCUGGGCCAGGUGACCUGCGACAUCUUCAUCUCCCUCGACGUGCUCUGCUGCACCUCGUCCAUCCUGCACCUCUGCGCCAUCGCCCUCGACCGCUACUGGGCCAUCACCGACCCCAUCGACUACGUCAACAAGCGGACGCCCCGCCGGGCCGCCGCCCUCAUCAGCCUCACCUGGCUGGUCGGCUUCCUCGUCUCCAUCCCGCCUAUGCUGGGCUGGCGGACCCCCGAGGACCGCUCCGACCCCAACGCCUGCACCAUCAGCAAGGACCCCGGCUACACCAUCUACUCCACCUUCGGCGCCUUCUACAUCCCGCUCCUCCUCAUGUUGGUCCUCUACGGGCGCAUCUUCAAGGCGGCCCGCUUCCGCAUCCGCAAGACCGUCCGCAAGGCCGACAAGAAGCAGCCCCCGCCGCCCCCGCCCCCGAGCGAGGCCGACACCUGCCUCUCCGCCUCGCCGCCCAGCGAGCCCCAGGCGCGGAGGAGCAACGGCCCGCAGGCCAAGAGCUGGAAGGGCGCCGCCGUGGAGCCCCAGGCCGGGGGCAGCGCCUGCGUCAACGGGGCCGCCGUCCGCCCGGCCGAAGACGGCGGCCCGGUGGCGCCGCCCGCCUUGGAGAUCCUCGAGGUGAGCCCGUCCAACUCCAGCAAGGGCCACCUGCCCCUGCCCAACCACCACGCCGCCCCCGCCGCCGCCACGCCGGCCGCCGAGCGGAAGAACGAGCCCAAGACGGCCGAGGCCAAGCGGAAGAUGGCCCUGGCGCGGGAGAGGAAGACGGUCAAGACGCUGGGCAUCAUCAUGGGCACCUUCAUCCUCUGCUGGCUGCCCUUCUUCAUCGUGGCGCUGGUCCUGCCCCUCUGCCCCGGCUGCUACAUGCCCGAGGAGCUGGGCGCCCUCAUCAACUGGCUGGGCUACUCCAACUCCCUCCUCAACCCGGUCAUCUACGCCUACUUCAACAAAGAUUUCCAAAGUGCUUUCAAGAAGAUCGUCAAGUGCAAGUUUUGCAGGCAGUGA